GCUGCCCACGUGUGCCGCUACCCGAGUAGUGAAAAAGGUGGUGGGGGUAGGUGUUUGCCGCACCGAAGUGGACUGUAGCGCUUCGGGAAGAGGCUUUUCGAUUUCUACCUUGUUUCCAGAUUGAGUGACGUUACUCCCACAUACCCCGUUCCACCAUGGGCAAGAAAGGCAAAGUCGGGAAGAGCCGGAAGGACAAGUUCUAUCAUCUGGCGAAGGAGACUGGUUACCGCUCCCGCUCUGCUUUCAAGCUGAUCCAGUUAAAUCGCCGCUUUCAGUUCCUGCAGAAAGCCCGAGCCUUGCUGGACCUGUGUGCUGCGCCAGGGGGAUGGUUGCAGGUGGCUGCUAAGUUUAUGCCUGUAUCCAGCCUUAUUGUGGGAGUGGACCUGGUUCCAAUCAAGCCUCUUCCCAAUGUGGUGACACUCCAGGAGGACAUCACAACAGAACGCUGUAGGCAGGCCCUGAAGAAGGAGCUGAAGACCUGGAAAGUUGAUGUUGUGCUCAAUGAUGGGGCCCCCAACGUUGGGGCUAGCUGGGUCCACGAUGCUUAUUCACAAGCCCACUUGACACUGAUGGCUCUGCGUUUGGCUUGUGAUUUUCUGGCCCGCGGUGGCUGCUUUAUCACAAAGGUUUUUCGCUCUCGUGACUAUCAGCCCCUACUGUGGAUCUUCCAGCAGCUCUUUCGCCGUGUCCAGGCCACUAAGCCCCAAGCCUCCCGCCAUGAAUCUGCGGAGAUCUUUGUAGUCUGCCAGGGAUUCCUGGCUCCUGACAAGGUUGACAGUAAAUUCUUUGACCCCAAAUUUGCCUUCAAGGAGAUUGAAGUUCAGGCCAAGACUGUUACCGAAUUGGUGACUAAGAAGAAGCCAAAGGCUGAAGGCUAUGCUGAGGGCGACCUCACCCUUUAUCACCGAACUUCAGUCACCGACUUUCUCCGAGCUGCCAACCCUGUUGACUUCCUCUCCAAAGCCAGCGAAAUCUUGCUAGAUGAUGAAGAGUUGGCACAGCAUCCAGCCACCACUGAGGAUGUGCGGGCCUGCUGUCAGGACAUCAAAGUGCUAGGGCGCAAGGAACUUAGGUCCCUACUGAACUGGAGAACGAAGCUUCGGCGGCACGUGGCCAAGAAGCUGAAAGAGCAGGCGAAGGCAAUGGACAUCAGUCUCAGCUCGGGAGAGGAAGAGGCGGAGGCUGAUGAAGAGUCAACAGCCGGGACUGUGCGGCAGCCCUCGAAGGAGGAAGAAGAGGAGGAGCAACUUGACCGGACCCUGGCGGAGAUGAAGGCCCAGGAGGUGGCGGAAUUAAAGAGGAAGAAAAAGAAGCUGCUGCGUGAGCAGAGAAAACAGCGGGAGCGUGUGGAGCUGAAGAUGGACCUUCCUGGGGUUUCUAUUGCAGAUGAGGGGGAGACUGGCAUGUUCUCCCUGCGCACCAUCCGGGGUCACCAGUUGUUAGAGGAGGUAACACAAGGGGAUAUGAGUGCUGCGGACACAUUUCUGUCUGAUGUGCCAAGGGAUGACAUCUAUGUAUCAGAUGUCGAGGAUGACGACACAUCUCUGGACAGUGACUUGGAUCCAGAGGAGCUGGCGGGAGUUGGAGGAUCUCCGCGUCUAAAGGACCAAAAGCGUGUACGAUUUGCUGAAGUAGAAGAUGGUGACAAAGAGGAAGAAGAGGAGAAUCCGCUGCUGGUACCGCUGGAGGAAAGGACGGUACUGCGGGAAGAACAAGCCAGUCUGUGGUUCUCUAAGGAUGGCUUCAGUGGGCUUGAGGAUGAUGCGGAUGAGGCCCUGGAGAUCAGUCAAGCGCAGCUGUUGUAUGAGAGCCAUCGGAAGGGGCGGCAGCAGCUGCCACCUCCUUCCAGUUUGAAGACCGAGGAAAAACCUCCCCCGUGCCAGGAGAAGGAUCCAGCAGGGGCAGGGGCUCCGUCCGAGGCAGAGGCCGCCAGUGGGCCUGGCGGGGAAGAAAGAGAUGGCAGCUCAGACAGCGAGAGCAGCAGCAGUGAGGAUGGGGAGAGUUGGGAACCAAAGCAUGGAAAGAAGCGAAGCUGUGGGCCUAAGUCAGAUGAAGACGGGUUUGAGAUUGUGCCCAUCGAGGACCCAAUGAAACGUAGGAUACUAGACCCUGAAGGCCUUGCCCUAGGUGCUAUCAUUGCUUCUUCCAAAAAGGCUAAACGAGACCUCAUAGAUGAUUCCUUCAGCAGGUAUACGUUUAACGAGGAGGAGGGAGAGCUUCCGGAGUGGUUUGUGCAGGAGGAAAAGCAGCACAGGGUACGGCAGCUGCCCAUUGACAAGAAGGAGGUAGAACGCUACCGCAGACGCUGGCAGGAAAUCAAUGCGCGUCCCAUCAAGAAAGUUGCUGAGGCCAAAGCCAGAAAGAAACGGAGGAUGCUAAAGAAGCUGGAGCAAACCAAGAAGAAGGCAGAGGCUGUGGUGAACACCGUGGACAUCUCUGAACGAGAGAAAGUGGCUCAGCUUAGGAGCCUCUACAAGAAGGCUGGGCUCGGCAGGGAGAAACGCCAAGUCACCUAUGUCGUAGCCAAAAAAGGUGUGGGCCGCAAAGUGCGCCGGCCAGCUGGGGUCAGAGGUCAUUUCAAAGUGGUGGACUCAAGGAUGAAGAAGGACCAAAGAGCACAACAAAGGAAAGAGCAGAAGAAAAAACACAGACGGAAGUGAGCAGAGCUUCUGAGAAGACAGUGUGAGGACGCAGAGGGGUGAUUCUGGCCCCCCUGGUACCAGCUACAGUCUCGUUUGCAUCCCAGUCAGCGGGUGGACACACAGGUGGGGUGCCUAGAACUCUCAAGGUGGUCCUGCGUGGUGAGGAGAUGUCCUCCUGCCUGAAGGCUGGUCUCGGAUCCGUCCUGUGGGGGUAUUGAACACACAUACUUUUUUUAAGGUUAGCGUUGGGGUGGCAUACUCAGUAUCGCUGGUCUUCCCCCAUCCUCCUCCAUUCAUCCAAAUAAAAACCAGGGUGCUUUUUUUCCCUGACAUUUUAGUUCCCAUUAAGCGUUAACUCAGACACCUGGGUGUUCACACCAUGUGCUACACUGUUAUAAAUCCUACUUUGUAUGUACUCACUGUGAAGUACAAAUGACAAACAAUCCACAGGUCCCAGUAGUAAAACAUUUACUAGAGCAAGCAGAAAGGAAUGCACAUCUUAAAGAAACCUUCACAAAGUCACAAAAUUCGAAGGAUGUAUAUUUCUUUUCCUUUUAUAAACAAGAUAGAACAAAAAUCAUCAAAAUCAUUUCAGCAAAAGAUUUUUCUACCAUUGUGGCAAGUUAAAAAAAAAAAAAUACAAUGAAAUAGAAGACACUUUAAAAGCUGUCAGAGUUUUUGUUUAAAUUUAGCAACACUUCAGACCUGGAGCAGUCUUGUUUCCAGGAUCAUCUUUUCCUCUUGAAGGGCAGAGGUUCUGGGUCUGGCAGGCGGCUGCUGCUUCCUGUCUCAGGACUGGAUACAAACCUGGCUGGGGAACCUGACCAUGGACUCCCGCUUAGAAUCAGACAUCUCCCUUCCCUGCAAAGUCUAGAAGCACCAAAAUGCUUCCCCAAAUCUCU